ACACCCCCCGAAAUACGACUCCCAGAACAGGAAAGAAUAAAAAUCACUGGACUCGAAACAACUGGACCUUCAUCUCCACAACACAUAUAAGUAAUUCAUUGGAGGAAAUUGAAUCAUAUGAGGAAGAUUUGUGUUCUUUCAGUAUGGGAUUUGCUGUUGUUUUGCUGUGGAUUGGUUGCUUUUCCAAACUUGUACCAGUGAUCUUUGGUACAAAUAUCACCAUAAAUACCACGGUAUCAACUUCCAACAUUACCACGUCUUCCAACUUCAGCCAGGCGCCUACCACCACACAGGCAACCGAAGCAACCACAUUGCCACCAACGACAAGGGCCUGGAUGCGGGAUGGCACAUGUGAGCAGUAUCAGGGAGUGUUGUGCAAAGAUCUGCUAAAUAAAACUCGCGAGGGACAAGAAGAGCAACUACCGCGCUUCAUAGACAGCAGGCUUGGGUUCAACAGGACUGAAUGGAUAAUAAUGCAGUUUAUGAAAGCGGUGGACCGCAUUGACGACGAACAGAGUUAUUGCAAGGGUCUGCUGCGUGGCAUUCUGUGCCAGUACACCCUCCCCCCAUGCGAUGUUUACAACGCCCCUAGGAACUACUGCCGCGAGGACUGCGAUGAAAUAUUCGACCGCUGUGAUCGCGCUUUGGGGGAGCUUCUUGGGGCCGCUAAAUCCAUCACGGAAUUCCUGGGCGUCAAUUUCAUACACAUAGGCAUCCCAAACUGCACGGCGCUCAAAUACUCCCAUGAGAUGGAUAACGCCAAUACGUCGUGUAUACACCUUGGGCUAUUUGAUUUUAACAAAAAGACAAAACCUAAGGAGCCGCCUCCUUCUCCUCCUAUUGGUCUAUUUGUCGGUACUAUCUGCGGCGUGCUCGUAUUAGCUGCUUUGGUCACGUUUGUUGCGGUUAAAAAGCGCCGUGCGCGCCAGAAAAGGCUCGGUUUCCAUGGCAUGACGUUUACUGCCGUGACAAUGCGUGACAGACUGCGAGCGGAAACAAUGCGAGCACUAGACGAAGAUAAGUUAAUGAGUCUAUAUAACCCGGAGGAUCUGAACCAGUUCCCUCUCGAUCGUAUUGAGUACAUGAAGGACUUGGGCGAGGGAAACUUUGGCCAGGUUUUUCAGGGACGUGCGUUCGGACUGCGACCUGGGGAUAAGCCGGACACAGAGCUCAUAGUUGCAGUCAAGACUUUGAAGCAAGGCUGCUCCAACGAGAUGAAGACAUCGUUUUUGCAGGAGGUAACCCUGAUGGCGGUCCUUCACCAUCCUAACAUCGUGGAGCUCCUGGCCGUAUCAACGGAAGAAGAGCCAUACGGAAUGAUCUUCGAGUUCAUGAGCCAAGGAGAUCUCAAUCAGUACAUGAGGAAGCGAGGACCAUACUCACUAGAGGAGGGUGGAGAAGACAAAGAGGACAAAGAGAAGAGCUUAACACAAGAAGAUCUCCUAAGCAUCUCGCUCCAAGUGUCCAGCGGUAUGGAGCACUUACAGAGCAUGCGCUUUGUGCAUCGUGACCUAGCGACAAGAAACUGCUUAGUAGGGGAUGGGCUGGUAGUCAAGAUUGCGGACUUUGGCAUGUCAAGAGAUGUGUAUGCCUCAGACUAUUAUAAGGUGGAGGGUCAGGCUGUGAUGCCAAUUCGCUGGAUGCCCCCAGAGGCCCUGUUGUAUGGUCGCUUUACUGUGGAAUCUGACGUCUAUUCAUUUGGAGUGCUUCUAUGGGAAGUCUACGCGUUCGCAUUACAGCCAUACUAUGGCUACACCAACGAAGAAGUCUGCGGAUUUAUCAAAAAGGGAGUUCAUCUAGGUAAACCAGAGGACUGUCCAGACCACAUCUAUGACGUGAUGAAAAGCUGUUGGAACAAAGACCCGUCCCAGCGUCCAAACUUCCAGAUGAUUAUCUCACAGAUCAAAAACGAGGAGACAACAGAGCCAGAAUCACCUACUACCAUGGCAACCACUGACAGUCAUCCCCUAUACAUGAAUACUGAGAUUGCUGCCGCUGAAUCAGAGAAAGGUCAAAGAGCAGCCCAGCCAGCACCCGUCCUCCUAUCACAGAGUGGUUACAUGAAUGUCGGUAUUGGGACAGGCGAUGACAGGACAUGUCCAGGGCAUGUCAACCCCACAUUUGAGGAAGGCGAACAAGCAGUGUAGAGUCAUUCCUGACUUUCUUAUAUAGCCCUUCUCAACUGCACUCGUUAUUGCUUCCAUAAAAAAGGCAAAUCAUUUGAGAAGGGGCCAAUAAGCAGUGUAGAGUAAUUCAUGAGUAUCUUAAAGGGACUGUGUACCUCUGUUAAAUUGUUUACAUAAAAAGUAGACACAUUUUGAAAUAAACACCAAAAUAAAAGGUUUAUACAUUAUUCACCAAUACUGAAAAUAUUUCAACCAGCUCCCCAAAAUCAGCCAAUGGGAAUUAAUGCCUUAUUACACUUAGUAUUUUGCUAGGAUGACUAAAUGGCGGCUGAAAAAUACUCUUUAUAAGGGUGAAUUUGCAAAAAAAUAAAAAUAAAAAAUUCCAUCCACUGAGCCUGAUACAAGCAAGAUACAACACCAAACAGAUUAUAACCAUCGAACCAUGUUAUGAGCAAUUAAUAAAAUUUAUUAAUUUUAACUAAAAUGCUGAAUUUAUACAGAGGAAAUUAGUAGAAACUAGAAACUCUACUACUGUUAAUACAGUAGUGGCUGUACAGAAAAUUAGAUCAACCUAAACUUUGUAUUAUAGUUAAUCUCCUUAGAGGCUUGGCAGAAAAAAAUAUUUGUUUGUAUUUUUGAAAAUUAUGUUAUUGUCUUUAUCUCGAUUUUUGUCCUUGUCAUGAUUGUAUCUUAAGUUGUAGACUACAAUAAUAAGGAAGUGGAAAUUGAAAUUUUAUCAAAAAAUAAUUUGAACAUUAUUUCAACUGUUGCAGUAUCUAACUGUGCAGUAUCUAACUUUUGCAGUAGACUAACUGUUUAGUAUAAAGCUGUCUGUAAAACUGUCUCUAUUUCAACUGUCUAGUAUAAAGCUGUUUGUAGCACAGAUAAUUGUAUCAUCAAUUUAUUUCUUAAUAAACAAAUGAAAUAUUG